AUGCCUGGGGAAGGUAGAGAGGAGGCCACUAGGCUAUAUGUCCCUCCACUCCUUGAAGACGACGAGCGUCUCGCCGAUCCCGAAGCUUCCGAAGACCUACCGCCGCCCGAUGUCGAUGUUGAAGCAGGCGCACUGCCCGUCUGGCUACGGGAGUCUUCCAAGUCAUUUCGUUGGGGAUGGGUGCCUCUGCCACUCAGGAAGGUCGGUCGCACGACCGCAAAUUGGGUGAAAGGUCCCGAUCCGCCGCACAUGUUGCUGUUGAAGCCACUAUUCCCGCGAGUCCAGGAGCUGCCAGUCCAAUACCUCGAUCGUCUCUUACCCAAGCGCAAAUAUAAGACAUUCCUUUUAUUGCUGCUUUAUGUAUCUUGGUUCUUGCCUUGGUUCUUGAUUUUAUUGCACUCGCGCUCUUCCGGCUAUAUCGAAGGGUACGGUCAGCCUCAAACACUGUCGUGCUCCACGAAUCUCUGGAAGAUUGAAAACAGAUGUGGUAUUAAUGGAAAUGACUGCCGGCCAUUCUCUUCCUCGACUAUUCCCUUCCGGUGUCCCGCGAAGUGCCGCGAUACCAUAUUGCUGGAACCUCACGUCGUGGGAAACCAUACAUACAAUUACCAAGGGCUAGUCAUCGGGGGUCCUCAGCCGGGCUCCUUUGACCCAGCACUCUAUCGUGCUGAUAGUUUUGUCUGCCAGGCGGCAAUCCACGCCGGUGCAAUCUCGAACGAUGGUGGCUGCGGCGUCGUCAAACUUGAGGGCGCAGCGCACUCCUUCCCGUCGGUCAAAAAGCACGGUAUUUUAUCUGCCGCAUUUCCAUCGACCUUCCCUAAGGCGUUCAGCUUCCUCGAACUGUCUUCGCCGCAGGCCAGCUGUCCGUCCGAUCCCCGCUGGACACUCCUUGGAAUCACCGCCGCUGCAGUCGGUGUCUUAUGGCUCUUUUGUACAUCCCCGCCUAUAUUGUUCUUCAGUUCAUUUUUCAUGGUGUUCUGUCACACGGGACUAGUUGGAGACCCACCCUCGGACCCUUUCCUAGCCGACCUCGUUUCCAGUCUUCUAUCUCGCCUUCUACCGGCAUCUUUCGUCGUGUACGUUCUUUACAAAUUCUGCGCCGUUCCGCUUCUCCAGCCGAUUACCUCGCCCAUCUAUCAACUUUCAAAGAUGCUCCUCUUCCUACCCCCGCUUUUCAUCGGAGCUUUGAACAACUACACUUUCGCCCGCUUGAUCCCAUUGCAGCGCCUUACACCUAUGGACAUUCAAAAGCAACCUGGAGCAAAGCUGGCUCUGGCUUUUGUCAUCCCAAUUGUCCUUUUGAUCAUCCUGAGUCAAGCGUGGCAGAUCCGCCAGGGAGGUCUGCUCCCCCGCUACCUGAAGAUCUACUGCACCAUGGGAUUGAUCAUUUUGAUUCUGCUGCCCCUUCCUGGUCUGCGCUUGCGAAUCCAUCAUUAUAUCUUGGCAAUUUUACUCAUGCCGGGUACUGCAUUCCCCACUCGUCCCUCACUCAUCUACCAGGGCUUGUUACUAGGUCUCUUCAUUAACGGAGUUGCCCGAUGGGGCUUCGCCUCUAUUAUCGAGACCCCUGCCGCUCUGGGAGAGCAAGUGCCCGGAGGCAACAAUGGCUGGUGGGGCGCUACUUAUCCCAAUGUCACUAGCUCUUCUGUUAGUGUUUCUUUGCCAGAACCGGGAUCCCACACUUACCGUGGCAACGGAAACAUCACUUUCGCUUUGUGGGAACACGAGCGCAUGGCAGAUCUUGCAGUAGAUGGUGUCUCCGUUCUUCUCAAUGAUGUGGAACGCUGGCGCGGUUACCUUGAUGAAGACAAGCAGGGCGAAUUUACCUGGCACCGUCAUGGCCAUGAUGGCCUGGAAUUACAAACGAACCCUCGUCUGAUCAGCCGUGACAUGGGCAGUGUGGAAUCUCAGUCACUGCUUCUGGGAGAGGACAGCUCUGAUGCCAAACCCGAUGAUCUGUUCUUCCGUUUUGCAUUCUUGAGAGGUGCUGAGGCUGGCACAUACGGCCCGACGGGAGUAUGGCUCAGUGAUGGUACCUGGUAUUCCCCUCCAAUUCCUAAAGCAUAG